AGUUACACACGUGACAACUACCACCUCAGCAACAACAACCACAGACCUAUUUGACACUACUUCACGUCAUUACGAAUGGAAAUCAUCGACCGGCCUCUCUCGGAGAUCAUCAAGGAGCAGGGGAUCGACAAGGAUCUUCGCCGCCGCCGCCGCCGCACUGCGGGGGGAAAAGAGAAGGAGAAGGCGUCCAAUCGGCCCCGCGCCGACGCGAAAGCCCCCUCCCGCCGACGGGGCGGACCAAUCCGCCGGGAUCGACAAACGCGCCGGGGCAGGCCAACACGCCGGGUUGUGGAAACCCGCAGGCGAAGCCGUGAGGAGGCGAUCCGCGGGGGCGUUAAGAGCCGUAAUGCGCCUCGUCGCUCGCGGAUCUCGGGCGCUGUUCGGAAUGAACGCACCCGAAACUCCCGCCGACGCGAAAUCCUUUCUCGCUCUCGCUUCUCAGACUAAGAAACCACAGAAAUAAUCAAGAGACGCGGCAGGGUGUAAGCGCGCGUAAAGUGAACCGAACGAAGUUUCUGGGGAUAAAUAUAUGGCGAUCCAAUAAAAAUGUCUAUUUGAAAGUCUCUCUCUCAUAUAUGUUUUUAUGCAUGACUUCUUGUUUCUGUAUCUGCCAAAUUCGAUGUCUCUAAAACAUAAAAUACACAAAGUGACGUAAGAAUGAUGACAAACAACACAUGGUAAUAAGGCGGAAAUCUAUUAUUGGCGGCAAGGUCAUCUAUAUAAAUACGAAGCCACACUUUUAUGUAUAACUGCAAGGUGUAGAAAAGGGUGAGGAUCGUUCUUUUCAGUGCUUAUGAUAGAAUAGAAUAUAUAAAGAGGAGAAAAAAUAAUAAUAUUAAUUGUAGUAACGAUUCUUUAAAGUAGGGCUGUCUACACGUUGAGGGCUCGCCAUGCCUAUCAGCACUCACGAAUCAAAGUGGGACUUAUGACUUAUCUUUCAUUUCUUAUACCCAUGGACAAGGAAUUUCUGAAAAGGUCAUGCUAAUUUGACCUCUACCCAAGCACCAGAUGAUCAAAUGGAAAAGGGAAAAAAAAAGAAGAGAGGUGUUUACCUGGUAGAAGGAAACAAACAAAUAAAGUAAUGAACUAGGGUUUUUACCAUUUUCUUAUGCAUUUUUUGCCCAAAGAAAAUGAAUGUUAGUAUUUCAAUUAUAUGAGUUUAUCCAACUCACCUUCCCCCUUUAAACGAAAAAUAAUAAUGUUACACUCGAAACUUCAGCAUCUAGAUAUAGUCUCAUGCUUGUAUCCAGACCUGAUGUUGAUGUGCUUUCUGAUUAUUUCUUGUAAAGUAAUACUUCAUCCUUUCAGCUGCUGAUUUGUAUUGAUUAAUAAAA